AUGACCACCCAUGUAUUUUAUGUUAAAUGUAACCGCUCCAAUCAAAUCUGUGAGAUUAUAUAUAGAUAAGCUCCUCAAUGAAUUGAAGGGCUAUUCCGUUUCAUAAAGUAGACGAGAGAUCUUCUUCAUCUUUCUUCUAUUCUUUGUUUCUUCUUGUACAAAUGAACGUGAAGGGUAUCAUGGAUGGUAAUAUUGAAGCUGGGAACACCAAUUGUGUUGCUAAGGAGGAUGUGAAUGAUGAUGCGAUCAGCGAUUCGAUAUCCAUUGGAUCAAUCUCAGAAGAUUCAAUGAACUCUGUGUGGCCAUCUUCUUCAUCAGAAUUGGCUGAGGAUGCAUCAUCUUAUUUGUCAACUUCAUCUUCAUCAUCGCAUUCAAACGGUCCUUUAUUUGAACUAUCAGAGCUAAUGAAUCAACUCCCUAUAAAGAGAGGCUUGUCUAUGUUUUAUCAAGGCAAGGCUCAGUCUUUCAGUUCUCUAGCUAGCGUGGAGAGCAUAGAGGAUCUUCCUAAGAAGAAAGAGAGAUUUUAUAGGAAGAAAAUGAAAUCAUGCAAAAGCUUCGCGGGAGGCUUGGAUAGCAGCUGCCACAGAAUAAUAUCGUUCACUCCAAAGGCUACAAUAUCAAAGAAAGCUUCGAGAGCAACUUUUGUAUCUGCAGUGCUAACUAAAAGAGGGAGUUUCCUUGGAGGCUCCAGAACUUCCUUUUCUAUACAGAAGAACUUUUGAAAUCCUCCAACCUUGUUAAUUAGAGCUUGGUUAUUAUUUCAUGCACAGAAUAGGGAAAAUUUUUAGUCCCUCACCUUCAGCUUAAUUUUCUGACAUGAAGUCGUAUUGUUAGUUGGUAAUUAAUUAAUAUACAUAUGGUUCAUUAGUAUAUAUUAUUACUAGCUAAUUGAUUUGUUUUUCAUGAUGAUAGGAUCCAGCAGGCCUGUGUUUCAUUAUUAUUACUAGCAUGAUAUGAUUGCUAAUUAGCACAUGUAUGCAAGGACUUUUUUAGUUA